AUGGGGCCCCUUUUUGACUUCUUGAGAGAGGAUUAUCGCGGGCCACUCACCAACGCUGUCGAAGCUCAGGAUUAUGAUCAAGUCGAAUUAUUACUCCGGUCGAACACCGGGAAUGACGAGCAGUCGGUCGACGACAGGACACUGGCCAUGCGGACCGCCGUUGAAAACGACGAUCUCAAGAUGGUGGACCUCUUGAUGGGCCACGGUAUCAAAGCGAACUUGGACGAUUUGAUCACUGCCGUCCACCAGAACAACACUUCCAUCCGUCGCGAGGACGAGUUCCGCCUACUAUACAUUACAGACAUUGAGACGAACCAGUAUCCGUCGCCGCCUUCAUGUCCCUGGCCCCCUCUCGGUAGGACGGAUAUUUAG